AUGUCGGGCUACGACCGAGCACUCUCCGUCUUCUCACCCGAUGGCCACGUCUUCCAGGUGGAAUACGCUCUCGAAGCCGUCAAGCGCGGAACAUGUGCAGUCGCAGUGAAGGGCAGCCAUCCAGAAGAGUCAGUGGUGGUGCUUGGCUGUGAGAAGCGAUCGGCCCUCAAGCUCCAAGAUACACGCAUCACUCCUUCCAAGAUCUCCAUGGUCGACAACCACGUCUGCCUCGCAUUCGCCGGUCUCAACGCAGAUGCACGAAUCCUGGUGGACAAGGCACGACUGGAAGCGCAAUCACAUCGUUUGACUGUCGAGGACCCAGUCAGCAUCGAGUACAUCACCAAGUACGUGGCUGGUGUGCAGCAGCGAUACACACAGUCCGGAGGUGUGAGACCGUUUGGUAUCUCGACACUCAUUGUCGGAUAUGACCCAGGCAGCAAGGAACCGCGACUAUACCAGACAGAGCCAUCCGGUAUCUACACAGCCUGGAAAGCAAACGCCAUCGGUCGCUCGUCCAAGACAGUCCGCGAGUUCCUCGAACGCAACCAUAAAGACAGCAUGACCCGCGCCGAAACGAUUGAGCUCACCAUCAAGUCCCUCCUCGAGGUUGUGCAGACUGGCGCAAAGAACAUCGAGAUCGCCAUCAUGGCACCCGGCAAGAACGUGGAGAUGCUGCCAUCAGACGACAUCGAGAAGAUCGUGGAGAAGAUCAACACAGAGAAGGACGCAGCAGCAGAGGCAAAUGCCAACAGGAGAGGAGGUGCGAGAGCAGGUGGAGCCGCAGCUGGUGAUGCGGCAGCGAGUGCACAGGGGCCCGAGCAGGUUUUGGCUAGUCGCCCAGCCGGUGAGGGAAGUGGUCCACGGGAGUAA